UCUUGACUUGUGCCUCGCGCGUGUCGCCUUGCGCCCCGCGCUCAUCGUCCGGCGCGCCCAAUGCCCGCGCCUUGCCCAUCGCUCGAUGCGCGCCCGUCCAUCCGCACCAACUCCCCUCGCGCGUCGUCCACCCAACAACCUCCCCCUGCGCACCACUUCGCCACGCGCGUCUACGCCAAUGUGCGUGUGCGCGCCCUUGCCUAAUGCACCUCUCGUAAAGUAUUUUAUCAUGUCUGUGUCUGAUUAUGUUGAUCUUUCCAAUACUCAGAUGCCGCCUCGUACAGAACCAGGUCAUCAGGAGCUCCCUCAGGCCACAGUAGUCGCACACUUUCGCGACUACCAUCCAGAAAAGUUUUUCGGCCAAGGGGAUCCGCGUAUAGUGGACGAAUGGGUUCAGGGCCUUGAAAUGAUUUUCGAGGUCAUGGACUGUCCGGAUCAUUAUCGUGUGAUAUGCGCACAAAUCCAGCUGACCGGUGAUGCCCGACUCUGGUGGAAUGCCCAUUGGGGUAUGCGUCCCGGCGAGAAAGAAAAUUUUACAUGGGACCAAUUCAAGGAGUUGAUCUGCGGGAAGUACUAUCCUUCGUACUACCGAGCAGAUAUGGAGCGUCAGUUCUUGGCACUCAGACAGGGUACUCGUUCUGUUGACGAGUACGAGAGAGAGUUUACCCGACUCGAAUCCUUUGUAUCUGAUCUUGUGA